AUGAUUUCAACUAUACGACGAAAUCUACUAUCUAACUUUAAACCAUCCCCAUAUCACUACAAUGUACUCCUCACUCAAUCAAUAAGAUUUGCGGGUCAUUCAAAAUGGGCUAAUAUAAAACAUGAUAAAGCUAAAAAUGAUGCAAAAAAAUCAAAAGAAGCAACAUUAAUUGCAACAAAAAUUGAAAGUUGUGUAAGAACAGGAGGUAAAGAAGCAAAUGCAAGUUUAGAUCAAUUACUUGAUAAAGCUAAAAAAUUAAAUGUUUCGAAAAAUGUUAUACAAAAUGCUAUAAAAAGAGGUUCAGGUGAAAUAAAUGAUGGAUCUAAUAAUCAAACUGAAGUUAGUUAUGAAUUUAUGGGUCCUGGUGGUGUAGCGUUUAUUAUAUCUGCAAUAACUGAUAAUAAAGCAAGAACAGUUAUGAGAGUUAAAACAGCAAUGGCUUAUUUUCAAGCUUCUUUAAGUCCAUGUAAUUUUAUGUUUGAAAAAAAAGGUGAAAUAUUGAUAGAACCUAAAACUGAUGUUGAAGAAAGUUCUGAUGAUAUAUUUGAAAUGAUUUUAGAAAUAGGAGCUGAAGAUUUUGAAGAAAUUGAAUUUGAUAAUGAAUUUCAACCUGGAAAAAAAUAUAAAUUUUAUAGAAUCAUUUGUGAUCCAUUAGAAAUUCAUAAAUUAAGUAAUGAAUUAAGUUCAAGAGGUUAUAAAUUGAAUGAAAGUUCAGUUAGAUAUUUGGCAGAUAAAGAUGGUCAAGUAAAAUUUCCUGGUGAUUAUUCAAAGGGUUAUUUCAGAGCAAUUGAUCAUUUAGAUCAAACACCAGAAGUUAUAGAUUAUUAUACAAACAUUGAAGAUGAACAUCAAGGAAGAAUCAUGUCAUCAGUCAAUUGA